AUGUCUCGAGAUAUAAACACUCACCCUCCUUCGAAGGAAUGGAGUGAUGAUGUCUAUCAGGUUUCCCUAAAGGAAUUCCAUAAUGUCCACCUUAAUCGUGAUGAUCUGACCAGUGAUGUCAUUAGUUAUGAUGAUGAUGAAUAUAAGUUACGAGAGGACUCAUUGGCACCACCACCACCUCACUCUUCUCUAAGUUCCAUUAGUGAACGUUACUCAUCUCCAGGACAAGUUACGACGACAACAACUACGACUACUACUCCUAGUAGUAGUAUUGGUGGUGGUAUUAGAGGUGGUGGUGGUAUUAGAGGUGGUGGAAUUGGUACUCAUGCCACCAUGUAUCAUGAUCAUGAACCUUCCAUACCAUCUCGUCCAUCACAAGAAUCCUUUCCUUCCAUUCCUUCCAUUCCUUCCUCAACAACAACAACAACACCUUCCUCUAUUAAAAUAAGCCUUGCAUCGUUGGUGAAGAAGGGUUCUCAUCAUCCAACAACAGGGAACACCACCAACACUGGAACCAACAUGGCCACAAGCACCACCACUCUGACCAAAACCACCACCACCACCACCACUCUGACUCCUUCAAAGCAGGAAUCGAUUGUCGACGUUGAGUUCAAUGUCUCAACAACAACAAGCUUGAGUCCGUCCGAGAAGAUCUCUCCUCUCUCUGCCAUUCAUGUCCGAAAAGAAUUUGAACAAUUGAAAAGGACUCUCAAAGAAUUGGAACAUAAAUUGUCCAUCAUUGAAAGAAAUUAUUGCCAUCCAGUAGAAGUAGCAGCUUUGGAGGGAGAUCAAUGA